GUAAUUAUGAGAAUGAAUUAAGUGAGCACAAUGAUGAAUCAAGAGAUCAUGAUAGUGGUUCAAGAGGUCGUGGAUCAAGAGAUCGCGAUCAUAGUGGUGGUGAACCAAGAGGUCGUGGUAAUGAGUUAAGAGAUCAUGGUAGUGGAUUAAGAGGUCGUAGUAGUGGAUUAGAAGGACAUGGUAGAGGUCGUAGUGGUGGAUCAGGAGGACGUGAUAAAGGUCAUAGUGGUGGAUUAGAAGGACAUGGUAGAGGUCGUGGUGGUGGAUCAAGUUAUGAUGAACAUUGA